GGCCGUUUUGUCCUACACCCGCAACCAUGACUCGCCAAGAAGUCCGAAGGGCUGAAUUUGCCUUGCAUGAUCAGGCCAAUUUGCUGCCGCGACGACAACUUAUCCUGGCCUUCGCUACGCUCUCUAUCAAUAUGCUCAUUGUCGCCAUUGACCAAAAUGGGAUCGCCGUCACCCUCCCCACCAUAGCUACAGAUCUUAACGCAGAAGCAACGAUCUCGUGGGCUGGUACCGCAAGCCUUUUAGCCAACACAACAUUUCAGAUGCUAUAUGGCCGGUUGUCUGACAUCUUUGGGCGCAAGACUAUCUUCAUCGCUGCUAUUCUGAUGCUAUCGAUUGGCGAUUUGCUCUGUGCGUUAUCGCAGACCGCCGUCAUGUUCUACAUCUGCCGUGCCAUCGCCGGUAUCGGCGGCGGAGGCAUUGUCAGCCUCACAAAUAUUAUCGUGUCGGAUAUUGUCACGCUGGAGCAACGAGGCAAGUAUCAGGGCAUUAAUGGUGCCAUGGUCGGACUAGGUAACGCUGUCGGACCUUUCUUGGCUGCGGCUUUGAUUCAAAGAACGUCUUGGAGGGCCUUCUUCUAUAUGCUCUCGCCACUUGGAGCCAUGACAGCUUGCUUGACGUAUUUCUACCUUCCCAGCAAGCCUCCGACGGCAAGCUUUGAAGAGAGCCUGAGGCAGGUGGAUUGGAUAGGCUCGUUGGUGUCGUCGACAGGAGUUAUUCUUCUGCUCAUCCCAAUCACUGGAGGUGGUGCGUACUUUUCCUGGGACUCGCCCAUGGUGAUAAGUAUGCUUGCUAUCGGCUUCGUUACUUUCCUAUCAUUUAUUGCCUGGGAGUGGAAGCUAGCAAAGCUUCCUAUGAUGCCAGUGGAAAUAUUCAACAACUCUGUGGUCGUGGUGAUGUUCCUACAAAGUUUCCUGUUUGGCUCCGUCUACCAAGCGUACUUGUAUUAUAUCCCAUUAUACCUACAGAAUCCUCACCAGUUCUCCGUAAUGACCUCAGCUAUCGUUUACAUACCUCUGGUCAUCGCACAGAGCCUGAUUUCGAUUCUAUCUGGUCAGUACAUCUCUCGUCGAAAACAGUACGGCGAGGUCAUUGUCUUUGGGUUUGGUAUUUGGACCUUAGGAGCUGGCUUAGCCUUGGUAUUUAACCGAGCUACCAGACCGGGUAUAAUUAUUAUUAUCCUGCUUCUCAUUGGAACGGGGGUAGGUUCUAUCAUGCAGCCCACCCUUGUGGCAUUGCAAGCCCACUCUCCCAAGUAUCGUCGAGCUGUCAUCAUUUCGAAUCGAAACUUUUUUCGUAGUGCCGGCGGUGCGUGUGGCCUUGCGGUCUCAGCAGCAGUCCUUCAGGCUCGGCUGCGAGCUACGCUGCCCCAGGAAUAUAAGUACGUAUCCGACUCUACUUAUGCGCUGCCGGAGUCGGUCAAACAUGUUCCUGCAGUGUUGGAUGCAUACAUGGCAGCCAGCCGUGGUGUUUUCAUACUCCAGGUGCCACUGAUGGCGAUAUGCCUCCUCUGUACAGUUUUCAUACGGGAUCGAGGCUUGGAGUCGCGAGAGGACCACGAUAACUGAGUGGUGUUCGGUUAUCUCUUUCCGACUUCAAAUGGAUUUUGCGAAAGACGCACACAGAGAGAUAUAAGGACCAUUGAUUCUGCCAUUAUUGUGAGCUUAUAAGACCGACGUCUCAUCGGCCUUACAGGCAUGCAGGGUGUUCUACUUCGCCGGCCAUGGCCAGCUAUACUUUUGUAGAUCUGAAGAUCGCUAUUGCAGAGUUCCGUUUUCCAGAAGUCGUAAUCGAGUAGUGGCUUCCAGAGCGGUUUCAGAAACAUGGCCGACUCUCUCCAAGUGAGAUGCAGGUCCGACUGCUCUGUUAUCACAAUAUCUCUCCCUAGCAUCUUUUGUCUGUGCAGAGACCGAGCCGGAAGAGGGAGGCCCGCUAGCCACACGCUAAGCUUGGUGAACUCGAACUUGAGCUCUGUCUUCAUGAUUUCCAUUUUCUUAUUGAUGCGCACGCGUCUAAAGAG